AUGUCUCCAAGACUGGCGGACAUUUUCGGCGAGCUAGGGAUCUCGCAGUAUCUCGAUGCCUUCGUCGACCAGGGAUUUGACACGUGGGAGACAAUCCUAGAUAUUACAGAGUCGGACUUGGACGCGUUGGGUGUUAAACUAGGUCAUCGAAGAAAAUUGCAAAGACGAAUCGCCAAUGCAAGAGGCAUAGCACCGACCGCCACCCUCGUCUCACCAACCCAGGCGAAUGUUGAAGAUACUCGGAACGAUGCACACAGACCUGACGCCCAUGCGCCGUCCGCGGGUGAUGGCCGCGACGGCGGGACCCAGCCAGUUGUUCAAAAACGAAAAUAUCGAAGGCAUCCGAAGCCGGACCAAAAUGCGCCCGAACGCCCCCCUUCUGCAUAUGUCCUGUUCUCCAACAAAAUGAGGGAGGACUUGAAAGGUCAAAAUCUGACGUUCACCGAGAUCGCAAAGCUUGUUGGAGAGAACUGGCAAGGCUUGACGCAUACCGAAAAGGAACCAUUUGAGCGACAGGCUCAAACGGCCAAGGAAAAGUUCACACACGACCUGGCCGAGUACAAGAAGACGCCUGCAUACCAAAAGUAUCUGGUAUAUCUCCAGGAGUUCAAGGCCAAAUACGGAGACCACAAGCCUCAAGAACCCACUGCUAGUAGUGGUGAGCCGCCAGCAAGACGGCGGAGAAUAGACUCGCUCGUAUCGAACGGAGAGUCGUGCUACGCGCCUUCUGUGGCGUCGGCUUCCCAACGAACCCCUGGCGAGGAAUCUAAUCUUGCCUCACCAACCACUGGGUACUUUGAACGCCGCCGAGAGCCCUCACCUGGCUUUGCGGUGAGCCCUAAGGAUAACUCCAGCCAGCCACCGAGUAAGGGAGUGCGAAUAGACCCGAUGUAUGCGGAUGGACCUCGUCCUCGCCCUGAACCGGCUGGGCCGCUUCGACAUCUGCCUUCCCUCUCUGAUAUGUUUGAUGGCCGCCCCGUACAGAACGGCAUGCCAUCAUCCUAUCCCGGCGAGGCAGCAGUGCCCACCUUCACAAUCCUGCCACGAGGCUACCAGACAAAUAGUCCCGCACUCACGCCAAGCACCUCUGGCAGCGAAUCACGGCCACCAUCUUUGAUGAAGGACCAGUCGGCGGGGAGCAUGUCGUCCGGAAGUGGAAGCUCAUCAUACAACAGCUAUCCCCGGACCCCCAUCGAGGGAUCUCUACCCAUCCAUGCUCUCUUGACAGGAGGCGGCGCUCCGCCCAUAAGCUCGAACUCAACCGCAUCACCUCCUACCCCUGGACCAGGCGGGAAGGGCGACGCUGGGCUGGAUGGUAUCAGCGCACUUCUCCAGGCUGAUAAGAUUUCAGAUCGCCGCCUGGUGUAG